AUGCACUACACUAGCAUCUUCAUUGCCGCCGCUGGCGCCUCAGUCGCCGCUGCUCAGGAUUACGCCCCUCCUGCCCAGGACUACGCUCCUCCUGCUUUGGAUACCACUACCCUCACCUCGACCACUACCCAGGUUGUCACUCUCACGCAGUGCAACCCCACAGUGACCGACUGCCCUCUGCGCACCCAUACCUCUACUGAGGUCGUUGUUACUACCUCCACCGCUGAGCCUGAGGUUCCCGCCGAGCCUACCACAUCUGUCUACGUUGCUCCUACCACCUCAGUCUACGUUGCUCCUACCACCUACGAGCCCGUUGUCAACACAACCAGCCACCACGAGGUCCCUACCAUUGUCAACACCCCUACCAUUGUCACCACCAAGAAGGCGCCUCUCCCCAAGACCACCUACUACCCCGCUGGUAACACAACCGUCAAGGCUGGUCCUACUGCUCCCUUCUCUCACUCCACCAAGCUGCCUGUCCCUACCAGCAACGGUACUCCCGAGAAGCCUGGUUACGAGGCCCCCCCUGCCUCCCCUGAGGCUCCUUCAAGCGUCCCCACCGCCGGUGCCAGUGGCCUCAUCGCCUCUUCCAGCUUCCUCGGUGCUGCUAUGGUCGCCGCCAUGGUUGUCCUCUUCUAG